AUGCUCACUCUUCAUAAUAUCUGCUCAGUACCCAGCUCCUUCCGGCUCACUGGCAUCCCAGGACUGGAAUCCCUAUACAUCUGGCUCUCCAUCCCCUUUGGCUCCAUGUACCUGGUGGCUGUGGUGGGGAAUGUGACCAUCCUGGCUGUGGUAAGGAUAGAACGCAGCCUGCACCAGCCUAUGUACUUUUUCUUGUGCAUGUUGGCUGCCAUUGACCUGGUUCUGUCUACUUCUACUAUGCCCAAACUUCUGGGAAUCUUCUGGUUUGAUGCUGGUGACAUUGGCCUGGAUACCUGCUUGUUCCUUAUCCACUGCUUUGCCACUGUUGAGUCAGGCAUCUUCCUUGCCAUGGCUUUUGAUCGCUAUGUGGCCAUCUGCAACCCACUACAUCAUAGCAUGGUGCUCACUCAUACAGUGGUGGGUCGCUUGGGGCUUGUUUCUUUCCUCCGGGGUAUUCUCUACAUUGGACCUCUGCCUCUGAUGAUCCACCUGUGGCUGCCCCUUUGUAAAACCCAUGUUAUCUCCCACUCCUACUGUGAGCACAUGGCUGUAGUUGCCUUGACAUGUGGUGACAGCAGGGUCAAUAAUGUCUAUGGGCUGAGCAUCAGCUUUCUGGUGUUGAUCCUGGACUCAGUGGCUAGUGCUGCGUCCUAUGUGAUGAUUUUCAGGGCCGUGAUGGGGCUAGCCACUCCUGAGGCUAGGCUUAAAACCCUGCGGACAUGCGCUUCUCACAUCUGUGCCACCCUGAUCUUUUAUGUUCCCAUUGCUGUUUCUUCCCUGAUUCACCGAUUUGGUCACUGUGUGCCUCCUCCAGUCCACACUCUGCUGGCCAACUUCUAUCUCCUCAUUCCUCCAAUCCUCAAUCCCAUUGUCUAUGCUGUUUGCACCAAGCAGAUCUGAGAGAGGCUUCUCCAAAUCCCAAGGAUAGAAAUGAAGAUUAGAUGA